AAAAACUUUCACUUCAUUUCUUCAUCUUUGCUGUUUUUCUGACGUCACUGAAAAUCUUAUCUUCUUUGAAUCAUCUGUUGUUGAAUGAAUUGAGGGAAAUAUUUCUCUAAUUCUCGGAGUGACUCGUGAGCCGAAACCAUUUGGCCUCUGAUGGAUGACGAGCCUCCAAUGUCCCAGCUCACCUGAACGCAUCUCAGCUGAAACCAUUCAGAAACGGGACCAAACUUUGGGGGUGUGGGUCGGUUGUUGCACGCGCACGUUUGCUCAGGUGUCAUUUCUGACGCCUCGCGCGGGCCCCGCCCCCUCAGCUCACACCUCCAGCAGACUUUCCCACGCUCCUUCAGACAGCUUCAUCCUCCUCCUUGGGCACGCGCCGUGUGUCGUUUCUUCACCUCAAACAAAAGCUCGUGCCGCCGUUCCUCGCGCGCCAUUUGGGCGCGUGCGAAACAAACGGAUCAACAGAUGGAUGACAUCCUGCGGGAGGAGGAGGAAGAGGAGGACGAAGGCUCUGUCUUCGGGAGUCUUCGAGCUGAAGAUCGUCUCCUUCAUCAGCGCGCCCCCGCUCUGCCCCCUUCAGCCGGGGGACUGCCGGGUCUUUUUCCGGCUGUGCCUGAAGCACGUGCAGCAUGUGUCCAACCCGGGGACGCCGUGCACGUACGGGAACGCGAGCUCGGAAGUCAUUGGUGUGAACUCCAUCCCCGGGAGCGCGACCGUCAGGGUGCCGUUCUUGUACAAGUGGCCGGGAAGCGUCGCUCUGAUCCUGGAAGCCUGGAGCGCGGCGGAGUCCGCAGAAACUCCAAGCAGCCUCCUGAGCUGGACAGCGACCCGCCGCACCCUCAGCGUGGGGCAGGAGUGGUCCGAGACGGAGAACCAGACGGAGCUGCAUUACUCCUACCGCGUGAUCUGCGACAGGUUCUACCACGGCGAGACCUGCUCGACCUUCUGCCGGCCGCGCAACGACACCCACGGCCACUUCGUCUGCGACGAGGAGGGCCGCCGGCACUGCAUGGAGGGCUGGAGGGGGGAGUACUGCUCGCAGUCCAUCUGUGCGGCGGGGUGCAGCGAGGAGCACGGCUUCUGCACGUCCCCCGGCCAGUGCCUGUGCCGGCAGGGCUGGCGGGGGAAGCUCUGCGACGAAUGCGCCCUCUACCCGGGCUGCAUCCACGGGACCUGCCAGCUGCCUUGGCAGUGCAACUGCAAGGAGGGCUGGGGGGGGCUGUUAUGCAACCAAGACCUAAACUACUGUACCAACCACAAGCCCUGCAAGAAUGGCGCCUCGUGCACCAACACAGGGAAGGGUAGCUACACCUGCACCUGCCGACCGGGCUACUUGGGCAAGGACUGCGAGACCGAGACAAACGAGUGCGACAGCAACCCCUGCAGGAACGGCGGCAGCUGCAAAGAUUUGCUGAACGAUUAUUCGUGUGCGUGCCCUCAGGGCUUCUACGGAAAGAACUGUGAAGUCAGUGCCAUGACAUGCGCAGACGGGCCGUGUUUUAACGGAGGGACCUGCAUGGAGGAGGGCACGGGCGGCUACAGCUGCCACUGCCCAGCUGGCUACACCGGCUCCAACUGCGAGAAGAGGCUUGGCAGAUGCAGCAGCAACCCCUGCGCUAACGGUGCUCAGUGUUUGGACCUCAUGAACCAGGUCACGUGCCGCUGUCCGCUCGGUUUCACGGGCUCCCGCUGCGAGACCAACAUCGAUGACUGCGCCAGCCGUCCCUGCUUCAACGCCGGCACAUGCGUGGACGGCGUCAACAACUUCACCUGCAGGUGCCCCCUGGGCUUCACCAGCAAUGACUGCUCCGAACACAGAAACCCCUGUGACCAGUUCCCCUGCCACAAUGGCGGCGCUUGUUAUGUCCACUUCACCGGCCCAGUCUGCAAGUGUUCUGUAGGCUUCAUGGGUAAUCACUGUGAGUACUUCUACCCCCCUGAAAAGGAAGGCGUCUCUCCUGCACUGGUUGCAGCCAUCACACUGGGUUUGAUAACUCUGUCCAUGCUGGUGUGUGCCGCCGUGCACAUCCUGCGGCAGCUGCGCCGCAGCAGGGAGCUCGCCGCCAUUUCGACAUCUGUGAAGAACGAUCUGGAGGCGGUCAACAACCGCAAUGCAGUGAUCGGUGGAGGGAUACCCAACAAUGGGAGCAGCUUGAAGGAGAAGGAGUCCUUCCUCCUUCCUGGGGGUCACCUCAAAGUGUCCAAUAAAGAUGCGGCGCUGGCAGAGAAGGGAGGCGACAUUUCUGUGUUCAAGAGAAACCUGGCAGGCUGCAACCUGGCAAAAGAGGAGCAGCACCUGGAGACGAGCAAGUUCGACCUUUUUGCAAAGGACAGCCUAUAUCACCGGGUCUUCUUCAUCCCCGAGCCGAUGGAGCAGCGCGUGUUUGCCACCGAGGUAUGAGUUUCAGACCAGCAGAGGAACUUUUUACGCUAAAGGCCUGAAACUUCUCAGUGAAGACAGUACAUCCAGAGGAUCCUUUCUUCAUAUAAGUGUUUAUUUAGGCGUUAUCGCUGCUGCUCAAUGGAAACAAAAAAGACUUUCUAUUCCCCUUGAUUCUGACAAUGAGAGAGAAAAACAACCGAAUGUCCUGCAAUGUUUGCACUAUCAACCUUUUCUAUACAGCAAAUAGUAAGUUCAGACAUUAGUGUUUGAACUCUUUUACAUCUAACAUGAGCCUGACGUCCACAAAUGAACAGGUCUGGUGCCUUAGCUCUCCUGCCUAAAUACUGUGUGCCAUUUGACCACAAAUAGGAAACAAGAUUUUAGGUCAAACGACCCAAACUUUGCUGAUCCUGAGGGGUUGUGAGUGACUGUUUUUGAGCUGUUCCGGUGCGGCGGGUCUUUGUCCGCUGGAACGGCCGCGUUAGCCUUACAAUCACUAAACCUGAAAGUGCCUCUUGACCGGACAGCUAGGCCUUGAAGCCACUGUUGGAGGCAAGACCUGACCUUAUUCUGUCCACGGAGACCAGGAAGUCCCACCAGAGCUGAGCUGCUCUACAGCACAGUUCUGUCCCAAGUCUGAAGCUGGUCCUCGUCUCCUCUUCCAAAAAGUAGUCCCAUCUGAGCAAGUUUUCAGUUGGAACUCAGACAGAACAAUCCUUCACCUUAUAAGCUGAUAAUCUUCUAAGUGUUAACCAUUUUUUAGAUGUACACCUCCUCUAACUUCAGCCAUCUUCUACCACAUCUAACUUAAGACCUGUAUGGAAUAAAAGCUUCCCUUCCUGCAGCAGAAUCAGAUUGAUCUGAAGGGAAAUCAUCAUCUUGAUCUACAUCAAGAUAACCCGAACCUCUUUUAAGCAGUUAAAGCAGUUGUUUUUAUUCCAUUUGAUACCAAAAAUCUGUCAUUUCUGAUGCUUUUAUACUAUCUUGGCUGUCUUUGUUAAUUUAAGAAGCAAUGCAAUGUGUACAUAUCUUUCAGACUACAGUUUUCCUAUUUAAUUUUUUGCUUUUUGUACAUAAUUUUGUAUUUAUGGAAGAUAACUGUAUAUAUAUGUCUACGUUGAUGUGUUCAAUGUCUCAUUUCAGAAUCAAGAAAUAUAUAUUUUUCAUAAAUGAGUAACAAAAAAGCAAAAAAA